AUGAAGACUUCAUCGCGGAGUAGAGACACGGGCGCGAGCUUCGCAGCCCGCAGGGGGCAUCUCCCACAACUAUCUAUCAACGACGAAAGCCAUCAUAUCACCGAAACCAUUGGCUACCUCUACGAUGACGACGAUCUCGACCAAGAGGCCCGGAAUCACAGCGCAAACCAGCAUCAGCACAACAACUUCAAUACGCAUAGCGUUGUCAAUGGCAUACAGACGGAGAACAACCGAGCCAUAAGGAGGACUUCUAUACCGCGGAAGCAACUGCCAGGAAGAGGAAGCACGAAUGGACAUGAUGCGCCGCGCACGAAUGGCCUCUCUAGAGGCCCUUCAGUACAAGACCCAUCAUGGGACCGAGACCGAUCGUCCCCGUCGCCUCCCAUGGGCACUCGAGAGCGGUCACCGUCCGACACGGCUACAUCUUCUUUUCCUCUGAACGAUAUCGAGUAUGAAUCAAGUCCCGCUGGAUUGGCGCAAGAGUUGAGCAAUCUACAAGCUUUGCGGAGGAUGUCAAUGAAUGUUGGCGCUGCGGAUGACCCGGAUCUGCCACAGCUGAGCGCCGCUGGGAUGCCCAAUGCGCCAUCCUCCACCUCUAGCGAAGAUGAUUCCUCGCGACUGUUCUGGGUUCCGGCCCGUCUACAUCCCGAGUUGGCACCGAAAGAGUUCAAAACAUUCCUCGAGGGCAAGGCCGAGCAGAUAAGGCGCAGGUCGGGUGAAUUAUCUGCCUUUAGCUCACCAGCGUCGUCCAGAUCAAGCUCGUUAAGUGUCGAAGGGGGCAACCCUAGUUUGAGGCGAAAGAAGUCCAUGCUGUCUCGGCAGAUCAACAGCUCGAUAGGCUAUCAGGACGGCGCAGAUAGGCUGGAAAGGAAGAAGUCCCAAUCGCGACGGUCCACUCCGCAAGAUCCCAACCUACAGGAGCUGGAGACGUUGGUGGCCAACACUGUAGGUUUGUCAAACGUGGAACUUGACAAACCUGUGGAGGACGAUACAGGAGACAUUAUACUGCCAUCGGUACCCGGUUCCAGCCUUAAGAGGUCGACGAGGACGACAUACAGACGUGGCGGUAGUUUGAAAGGGAGAGGAGCCGAUCGCAGCACCUACGCGCAAAGAGCUGCAAGGAGAGCUGCCAGUGGUGGUCCGUCAGGCAGCAGGCCUGAGUCGCCCGAAACCAAUGUUCCGGCGAUGCCACCAAUUCCUAACUUUACCUCUGGAGACGUUGCCAAUCUCGCGCUAACACUUAAAGAUCCCUCGGCCUCACAAGCACCGUCACGGAGUGCUGCAAUGAACUUUUCGCGACCAGCAGGACGUGAUGCGUCACCAAACACUAGUAUUGGCUCGUCCGUCCCUUCGACCUUCGACUCGAUUUUUGGAGACGAUGAACCUUCGAGGCCCCCCAGCACAUCGAGCAUGCCAGAAAUACAACGCCCUUCGUCGGCACCACAAUCGCCUCCCAAAUCGAGCACCUCGGUUGAACGAAAAACCGUGCCCCAGAUCGUUGAAACACCACCUCCUGAAGAAACAUGGACGCAUACUCAACCUCCACGUUCAUCCUCCAUGCAGACACCGGUCAGGCACCCUGAAAGAGUAUCAUCCCGCGAAGACAAGGCUCGGAACGUUUCUCCUCAAAGGCCUUCUAUGCCAAGCAAGGGUUCACUACCGAGUCUCCCUGGGAGAUCUCCGCCAGCACCGAAUGCCAUGCCUCCACAGACCCGACCAACGCAAAGCCUUGAGCAGCCUUCGCCUCUCCCAGGAAACGAUACCAAUACCAGCAAUUUGUCAUUUAUUCCCACACUAACUGUGGACAGACGUGCAGAGAGUAAGAAGAAGGAAGAGAAGAAAUCUUCGUGGAGCUGGUUAUUGGGCAAAGAGGACGGCGACAAAGAGAAAAGUGAGAAACCAAAGGCCAAGAUUGCUAAGCCACCGCAACAGCACGACAACACCAGACUCGAUGUUUUGCAGGCUUCCAUCGAUGGUGGUGGAAAAGGUCGCGAGAGUCUCGUCCUCGAUCGUGAUAGUCUGAAGCUCGAUGAAGAACGGAAAAGGGAAAGUCAACGGAAAUCAUCCGGUAGUGACACGAAGAAGGAGAAAGAAAGUAUAUUUUCUACAAUAUUCGGCGGAAAGAAGGCCAAAGGAGACAAGGAGAGCAACUCCAAGAAGGCUCGUGAGCGUGGGUUGUCGCCAGAACCACCGUAUCGAGAGUUAAGACCCGACAUCGACUACAACUGGACGCGAUUUUCGAUACUGGAAGAAAGGGCAAUAUACCGUAUGGCCCACAUCAAACUUGCCAACCCACGACGAGCUCUACACUCCCAGGUGUUGUUGAGUAAUUUCAUGUAUAGCUAUUUGGCAAAGGUGCAACAGAUGCAUCCCCAAAUGAACCUACCCACAAGUGCGAAGCAGCAGAGGAAACAACAGCAAAAAGACCAGCAGCCGGACGAGUUUACCCAAUAUCAGCGGUAUCAACAGCAGCAAGCACACCAACAGGCCCUGGAGCACCAACAGCAGCCACAAACAUAUGGUGCGCAACAGGAAAUGAGUGAUACCUCAGCAUAUGAUUAUGGCAAUGGCUCUGGUUCGAGACCGAUUUCGAGAGGCAGCAAAACGUCGGUGGAGAAUGAUGCAUCAGCAUAUCAAGGAGGUGGAUACAAUCAAUACCAAUUUUCUCAACAGCAGCAGCAACAACAACAACAUCAGCAGCAGGGGCAAUAUGGAGCCCAGCUGGACGACGAUGACGACGAUAUGUGGUAA